GGAGGGAUGUCCUGACAGAGUUUGCUUUUUGAUGAAAAUAAAAGUGAGAAGACUGAGCCCAAAGGUACACAUCACUGCUUCUUGUGGGGCUGCAGUAAGCUGGAUGACACCUGGAGGAAGCAGCCUGAACUGGUGACAAGACACUGAGUGAUCCCUUUGGAGUAAAUAAAGGAAUGGCCCAGGCAGCUGAGACACCAAAUGCAGGGAUCAGGUUUUUAGAUCUAAUAUGUGCGACCAAGAGACCUGUUGACCAUCUAUGAAGAGCUUUGUGGUCUGAGUCAACAGACAAAGCCACCGAGGUCCUGGGAGAGGCAGUAUUGACUUCAAGCAGGAUCGUCUCAGAGGCUCCACCUGUAAGGAGUAGUCGUUUGUUCUGACCAUAGGCAGCUGAGCAAAGCAUCAUGACCAGCCGUCAGGCAGUAAAACCCUUCAAGAAAUCUUCUGUCCCAGGAGUUCUUAUCACCCAGUUUGUGGAUGAUAUUCCAGAAGGAUGCAGUACACCUGAUUUUGAGAGGAAACCUGUCACUCUGACAUUGCAGGAAGGUAAAAAUGCCAUUUUCAGUGGUGUGGUCAAAGGUGUUCCAACCCCUGACGUGAAAUGGACUCGAGUACAAGGAAAAAUGGAUGAUCCUGCCAAAUACGAAACAUUCUUCAAUAAUGAUACAAAUGAAUUCAAUCUGCAGAUAAACAAACUCACUGCAAAUGACAGUGAUUUGUAUCGUUGCUCUGCUGUUAAUGAAUAUGGAGAAGCUGCAUGCUCUGUCGGCCUCAGGAUCAUACAAGUUGGCUUUAAGAGGAAAGCAAAAUAUGUUCCUGUUCAUCCUGCUGAUGAGUUAAAGAAGAAGCUUCAGGACUACAGGAAGCUGCUGAGGAAGCGGGCCCCAGUACCUAAACCAAAACCCCUGGACAAAGAAACAGUCUGGCAACUGUUACUGCAUGCAGAUAGGAGAGAUUAUGAGAAAAUCUGUAUGAAAUAUGGAAUUGUUGACUUCCGUGGGAUGCUGAGAAAGCUGCAGGAGUUGAGGAAGAACACAGAGAGUGAACAAGGAGAGUUAAUACACAGUAUCACAAACUUUGAACACAUCAAAGUCAACAAGGAGGGAAAAGCUACCUUCAGUCUGACGAUGGACCUGAAAAAUAGUAACAGCAAAGUUUAUCUGCUUAAGGAUGGUGAAAAGCUCCGAUAUGGAACAGGGGAUGAAUACAGAAAGCACUGCCUGAGGCAAAUUGGAAAAAGAUAUCAUUUCAUUGUCAACGAUGUGCAGCCAGAAGAUGCAGGCUUGUACCAAGUCAGAGUGGAGGACAUACCUGUUUUCUCAACUGAAUUGGAUGCUGAUUCCAUCCCUGUGAGAUUUGCGCAGCCGCUCAGUGAUGUGCGUUGUCCUGAGGAAGAAGAUGCUGUCUUUGAGUGUAUCCUACGCACACCCUGCUAUGAUGCUGUGUGGCUACACAAAACCCACCUCCUCGAGGCGAGUGAGAAGCACCAGAUCUCUGUAACACCUGAUGGUCUGACCCACCAGUUGAUUAUCAAGAAUGUUGUGCCCUCUGACAAUGGCAUGUACACACUCGACACUGGACUCUGCUCCUCAAAUGCCUGGCUUAUUGUAGAGUAUGCCAAAGGAAAGAGGAGACAGGGUGAAGAAGGUGAAAGAGAGAAAUCUGAGAGCCUGAAAGAAACACUGCCAGAUAAAGAUAGGGCUAAGAAACUUCGACGCAGAGAAUAUGUCGACAGUGAAGAUCAUCUUAUGGACACUGGUGUGGAAAAAGAUGGCUGGGACAGAAAUAGUCAAGGCGGCAGUCAAGGCCACUCCAUUGACUCUGAUGGAAGUCAUAGAUUUUUGGGAAAAGAUGGGCUACAUGCAGCCCACAGAAAUGGAAGGAUGGGAUUUAGACAGUUUUCUGGAGCAGACCUAGAUGGAGACUCAGUGACAAAUGAUGGUAGUAGUUUUGGAUUAAAAGGUUUAGGAGGCAAAAGUGGAUUAAGGCCUUUUUGCAGCAAGAAUUCCAUGACAGGCAGAGCACAUACUGGUGAUGGGUUAGGAGGAGCAGGUGAACGGUAUUCUGUGGAUGGCAGAGAUGAUGGUGUGCUGGAUGCUGUUAAUGUUGACAUGGAUAUUGGAGAAGGUGUGGGCUCUCAGCAUGACAAGGAUAGUAAAUUAGGUGAUACUAGUUACAGAGCUGGCUUUGGGGGUGUUGGGAGAUUAGGUGCUACAGAUGGAAGAUCUGCGUUAGAUGGACUUGAUCCUGAUUCAACCAGGGUGGGAGACGGUAAGAGUGGACAGGGUGAUUUGUUGAGUAGGGCUAGUCCAGGGAAUAGAGUUAGAAAGAAUGCUGCAGGUACUGAGACAGCAGGAGGAAUGAGGUCCCCUUAUGGCAAGGAUAGCCUGCCGACUGGGGUUGAUAUAAAUGAAGCAAACAGAAGUAGGAAAGGACAAAUCGGAGCUCCCUAUGGCAAGGAUGGACUGACACUUCAUGCUAGCGGUCGUUUAGGUCAGACAGGAACAUCUGGCAUGUUGUAUGGUCCAGGAGGUCUUCCAACAAAAGAUGGGGCUAUGUCUGGUGCAGGUGGCAGUUCUACCAGGGAAAUGGAAGCUUUCUAUGGUCCAGAUGGUCAGCUAGUGGGACCAGGGGUUGGUGACGGUGGUGCAGCUGGUCCAGGGGGAAUUGGGACUCCCUAUGGAAAGGAUGAUGUCCCACUUCAAGCAGGUGUUGGUAGUGCUGGUGUAGCUGGUGCAGGGGGAGGUGGAUCUCCUUAUGGAAAAGAUGGCCUCACUACUGGAGCAGGCAUUGCUGGGCCUACAGCUGGUGGGUUUGGAGGUGUUGGAUCUCCCUAUGGAAAGGAUGGAUUUCCGCUUACUGCUGGAAUCGGUGAUGCUGCUGCAGGGAGUGUUGGGAAUCACUAUGGAAGGGAUGGCCUACCAUUUGGGGCUGGCAUUGGUGGUGCUGGUGUAGCUGGUGCAGGAGGAGUUGGAUCUCCCUAUGGAAAGGAUGGUUUCCCAGUUGGGGCUGGCAUUGGUGGUGCUGGUGUAGCUGGUGCAGGAGGAGUUGGAUCUCCCUAUGGAAAGGAUGGUUUCCCAGUUGGGGCUGGCAUUGGUGGUGCUGGUGUAGCUGGUGCAGGAGGAGUUGGAUCUCCCUAUGGAAAGGAUGGUUUCCCAGUUGGGGCUGGCAUUGGUGGUGCUGGUGUAGCUGGUGCAGGAGGAGUUGGAUCUCCCUAUGGAAAGGAUGGUUUCCCAGUUGGGGCUGGCAUUGGUGGUGCUGGUGUAGCUGGUGCAGGAGGAGUUGGAUCUCCCUAUGGAAAGGAUGGUUUCCCAGUUGGGGCUGGCAUUGGUGGUGCUGGUGUAGCUGGUGCAGGAGGAGUUGGAUCUCCCUAUGGAAAGGAUGGUUUCCCAGUUGGGGCUGGCAUUGGUGGUGCUGGUGUAGCUGGUGCAGGAGGAGUUGGAUCUCCCUAUGGAAAGGAUGGUUUCCCAGUUGGGGCUGGCAUUGGUGGUGCUGGUGUAGCUGGUGCAGGAGGAGUUGGAUCUCCCUAUGGAAAGGAUGGUUUCCCAGUUGGGGCUGGCAUUGGUGGUGCUGGUGUAGCUGGUGCAGGAGGAGUUGGAUCUCCCUAUGGAAAGGAUGGUUUCCCAGUUGGGGCUGGCAUUGGUGGUGCUGGUGUAGCUGGUGCAGGAGGAGUUGGAUCUCCCUAUGGAAAGGAUGGUUUCCCAGUUGGGGCUGGCAUUGGUGGUGCUGGUGUAGCUGGUGCAGGAGGAGUUGGAUCUCCCUAUGGAAAGGAUGGUUUCCCAGUUGGGGCUGGCAUUGGUGGUGCUGGUGUAGCUGGUGCAGGAGGAGUUGGAUCUCCCUAUGGAAAGGAUGGCUUCCCAGUUGGGGCUGGCAUUGGUGGUGCUGGUGUAGCUGGUGCAGGAGGAGUUGGAUCUCCCUAUGGAAAGGAUGGUGUCCCAGUUGGGGCUGGCAUUGGUGGUGCUGGUGUAGCUGGUGCAGGAGGAGUUGGAUCUCCCUAUGGAAAGGAUGGUGUCCCAGCUGGGGCUGGUCUUGGUGGUGCUGGUGUAGCUGGAGCAGGAGGAGUUGGUUCUCUCUAUGGAAACGAUGGUUUCCCAGUUGGGGCUGGUUUCGGUGGUGCUGGUGUAGCUGGUGCAGGAGGAGUUGGAUCUCCCUAUGGAAAGGAUGGCUUCCCAGUUGGGGCUGGUCUUGGUGGUGCUGGUGUAGCUGGUGUAGGAGGAGUUGGAUCUCCCUAUGGAAAGGAUGGUGUCCCAGUUGGGGCUGGCAUUGGUGGUGCUGGUGUAGCUGGUGCAGGGGGAGUUGGUUCUCCCUAUGGAAAGGAUGGUGUCCCAGUUGGGGCUGGCAUCAGUGGUGCUGGUGUAGCUGGUGCAGGGAGAGUUGGAUCUCCAUAUGGAAAGGAUGGUGUCCCAGUUGGGGCUGGUCUUGGUGGUGCUGGUGUAGCUGGAGCAGGAGGAGUUGGUUCUCCCUAUGGAAAGGAUGGCUUCCCAGUUGGGACUGGCACUGGUGGUGCUGGUGUAGCUGGUGCAGGAGGAGUGGGAUCACCCUAUGUAAAGGAUGGUGUCCCAGUUGGGGCUGGCAUUGGUGGUGCUGGUGUAACUGGUGCAGGAGGAGUUUGUUCUCCCUAUGGAAAGGAUGGUGUCCCAGUUGGGGCUGGUCUUGGUGGUGCUGGUGUAGCUGGAGCAGGAGGAGUUGGUUCUCCCUAUGGAAAGGAUGGUGUCCCAGUUGGGGUUGGCAUUGGUGGUGCUGGUGUAGCUGGAGCAGGAGGAGUUGGAUCACCCUAUGGAAAGGAUGGCUUCCCAGUUGGGGCUGGUCUUGGUGGUGCUAGUAUAGCUGGUGCAGGGGGAGUUGGUUCUCCCUAUGGAAAGGAUGGUGUCCCAGUUGGGGCUGGCAUUGGUGGUGCUGGUGUAGCUGGUGCAGGAGGAGUUGGUUCUCCCUGUGGAAAGGAUGGUUUCCCAAUAGGGGCUGGUCUUGGUGGUGCUGGUGGUUCUGGUGUUGGUGGAGCAGGAGGAGUUGGAUCUCCCUAUGGAAAGGAUGGCUUCCCAGUUGGGGCUGGCAUUGGUGGUGCUGGUGUAGCUGGUGCAGGAGGAGUGGAUGGUGUCCCAGUUGGGGCUGGCAUUGGUGGUGCUGGUGUAGCUGGUGCAGGAGGAGUUGGAUCUCCCUAUGGAAAGGAUGGUGUCCCAGUUGGGGCUGGCAUUGGUGGUGCUGGUGUAGCUGGUGCAGGAGGAGUUGGAUCUCCCUAUGGAAAGGAUGGCUUUCCAGUUGGGGCUGGCAUCGGUGGUGCUGGUGUAGCUGGUGCAGGGGGAGUUGGAUCUCCCUAUGGAAAGGAUGGUGUCCCAGUUGGUGCUGGCAUUGGUGAUGCUGGUGUAGCUGGUGCAGGGGGAGUUGGAUCUCCCUAUGGAAAGGAUGGCUUCCCAGUUGGGGCUGGCAUUGGUCAUGCUGGUGUAGCUGGUGCGGGAGGAGUUGGAUCUCCCUAUGGAAAGGAUGGUGUCCCAGUUGGGGCUGGUCUUGGUGGUGCUGGUGUAGCUGGUGCAGGAGGAGUUGGAUCUCCCUAUGGAAAGGAUGGCUUCCCAGUUGGGGCUGGUCUUGGUGGUGCUGGUGUAGCUGGUGCAGGAGGAGUUGGAUCUCCAUAUGGAAAUGAUGGUGUCCCAGUUGGUGCUGGUCUUGGUGGUGCUGGUGUAGCUGGUGGGGGGAGAAUUGGUUCUUUCUAUGGAAGGGAUGGUGUCCCAUCUGGGGGUGUGGCAGGAGAUGCUCAGUUCCCUUUUGGGUCUGAAGAAGUGAUGGGAUCUGUCCACGGCAGGGAUGCUACGUGGAGCAGAGCUCAGGGAUAUGUAGGUGGAGCAGGUGGAGAUGCCUUCUCAGAAGGUGGUGAUUUCAGUGGCUCUGCCGUACGGGGAUCUGGGUCUCCCUAUGGCAAGGACAGUAGGUCAGCUGGAGGCAGGGCUGGUGCAGGUGAUGUUGGCAGAUUAGGUGCUGGUGAAAGGGAGUUACAUUCUAAAGAAGGUGUGGUAGGUGCUCUUGGACGGGGUGGUGAAUAUGGGCUGGAUUCACAUCCUGGGAAAUCUUCUACUGGGGGUGAAACUGGAAAGGGCACUGCCAGUCAUUUCAGAGGAUCAGGGAACAAAGAUUCAUCUGGUGACAGAGUUUCACUUUCAGGUCAAGGAGAUGCUGGGGGUGAGGGAAGAGGUUUAGAAAAGUUGGGCUCCCUUUAUGGCAAAAAUUCUGCCUUUGGAGGGCCAGGGAUUAAAUCCUAUAACAGAGAAGUUGGUGGGAGGAUUUCAGGUGGUCUUGCUCAAGGGUCAUUGGAUCAUGGUGAGAUGUCAGAUCUUUAUGCCGGACCUCCUUCAAUAAACCAGAGUAAACAGGAACCCGACCUUGAUAUCAAAGCAAAUGAUUUCUUCAAGAAUACAGAAAGUCCGGGCAAAAGAAGAUAUUAUUGCCUAGAUGAUCUGAAAGCACCACGCUGUUAUGUCAACAAACGGUUACUUGAUGUCAGUGUCCUGAAAGGGGAACCAGCUGAGCUGUCUUUCACUGUCAGUAAAGAGGACGUGACAGGAACCUGGUUUAAAGAUGGAUUAAAGUUAACAAGCAUGGAUGGAAUCAUUAUUGAAAAGGAAGGUCUAGUCCACAAGCUAAUUAUUAACAAAGUGGAAGAUAUUCAUGCUGGGAAAUACAGGUUUGAAGGUGGAGAUAUAAAAACUGAAGCUUCAAUUUUUGUUGAAGAUCCUCCACAGGUUGACAAAGUUCUCCUCAAAAACUUAACAAGUGUUCCUACUGUGGCCAAGGCAGGGGAAAAAGUAAAGAUCAAGAUCCCUUUUGAGGGUCGGCUGCCAGUCAGAGCAACGUGGCUAAAGGACAGAAUGGAGCUAGCAGACGACACAAGGAUUCGUGUUGACAAAACAGAGACCUUUACCAUGCUGUCCAUCUCCAGCAGUGAGAGAAAGGACUGUGGAGAUUACAAAGUCAGGCUGAAGAAUGACAGUGGGGUCCUGGAGAUCAACUUAAAGCUCGUGGUAGUAGACAAGCCACAGCCACCUACAGGACCCCUCAAAAUUGUAGAAAGCUCUGCAAAUGACAUCACCAUUCAGUGGAAACCCCCAAAAGAUGAUGGGGGCAAACCAGUGCAACGCUACAUUGUCGAGAGACAGCAGGUAGGCAAGAACGACUGGGUGACUUUGGGAGAAGUGCCCAAGAGCUGUACUACCUUCACUACUAACAAAGUGGAACAAGACAUGAUCUACUACUUCAGGGUGAAAGCUGUGAAUGCUGAGGGAACUAGUGAUGCGCUGGAAUCAGAUGAAGUGAAGGCUGUCAGUAAAGCUUCACCUGGUGCCCCAGAUCCCCCUGAGAUUGUUAGUGCCAGCAGAGACACCAUCACAAUAUCCUGGAAAGCACCGCGUAAAACUGGCAGUUCCAAAAUUGUGGGAUAUAUUGUUCAAAAACGCAAGAAGGGUACCAUGACCUGGCUGCCAGUCAACAACGUGCCUAUAGCAGACAAGAAGCUGAAAAUGACCAGUCUCAAGAAAGGUCUGCAGUAUGAAUUUCGUGUGUCAGCUGUCAAUGCUGCUGGCAUAGGAGAUGCCAGUGAACCCUCACAGCCUGUCUUUGCACGGGAUUCCACAAAAUCUCCAGGUCAAGUGCAGGACCUUAAAGUGAGCAGCAGUGACAGCACUAGUGUCACGUUGACAUGGAAGAGACCUGAAGCAAAAGAUGGGAGCGACGUGAAAGGCUAUGAGGUGGAGAUGCGGUCUUCUAAGAACCUCAGCUGGACCAAAUGCAAUACUCUUCCCAUAGAGACGACCACUUACACAGUUAAAGGCCUCCAAGCCAAGGAGAUGUACUUCCUACGUGUGAGAGCCCUCAAUGACGGUGGCCCGGGGGUACCUGCAGAGCUUGAAGCUCACCUCGAAGCUCCUUCCCCUGUGGUUUCUCCCAGGUUACUAAUAGAUGACACAGUGAAAAGCUUUCUGGUUAUAAAAGCAGGAAAUACCAUCCGAGUGAAUAUUCCCUUUGAAGCAUCUCCAGAUCCACUGGUGACCUGGUUAAAGGAUGGGCUUCCUCUUCCAAAACGGGCUACAGUCAACACCGAAGCUGGUACCACCCAGCUGCUGAUUAGAGCAGCUGAAUUCGCUGACAAUGGCACCUACACUGUUGAGCUCCAGAACGGGUUAGGGAAAAGAGAAACGUUCAGUUUCCAAGUUCAAGUUACAGAUAUCCCACAAUCACCUGGACCUAUUCGAUUGGAAGAGAAUGUACCAAAUACAGUGACAGUAACCUGGGAGCCAUCACCAUCUGAGAAAUGGGAAAGUAAUAUCUACUACACAGUCCUGAAACGUGAAUCACAGAAGGGCUUGUGGCAUGUUGUGGGUGACCUGAUCUACACCAACAAGUUCACAUUCACCAAAGUGAUCCCAGGCCGGGACUACUACUUUAGGGUUGUGGCAAAAAAUGACUUGGGAGCCAGUGGUCCAUCUGAAAGUGUGCAUCCUUGGAGAAUUCGAAAACCAAAGGAUGAAUUUCAAGUCAAACCACAGAAAUACAGAGGAGUUAAUCAAAACCAGCCCCCGAGAUUCCUUGUCUGGUUGAAGCCUCACGUGGUGACUACGGGGAGUGAGUGCCAUAUGAGCUGUGCAGUUGGAGGCCACCCACCUCCAAAGAUCACAUGGUACAAGGACAGUAGAGACCUCUCCAACGAUCCUACCUAUUUUUGCACAAACGACUUUGGUGUCUGCUCCCUGGUCAUUCCAGGUGUCACAAAACAGGAUGAAGGAGAAUAUAUGGUAGAAGCCACCAAUGAAUCGGGCCAUGCAUUCAGCAAAGCCUUCCUCACUAUUAAAGGUAACAGUCUUUAA